AUGUCUCCGGCUUGGAUCUCUGUUCUUUACCUCGGUGGCUACUUCCUCCUGCCGGGACCCGUGAGCUGCGAGAGCGCCGCUCCUAUUGCUAUCACAUGCUUUACAAGAGGACUUGAUAUCAGGAAGGAGAAAGCUGAUGUCCUUUGCCCAGGGGGGUGUCUUCUCCGAGAUUUCUAUGUCUUUGGGAACAUAGUUUAUGCCUCUCUUUCAAGCAUCUGUGGAGCUGCUAUUCACAGGGGGGUAAUCACCAGCUCAGGAGGGGCUGUGCGGGUCUAUGGUCUUCCUGGCCGGGAAAACUAUUCUUCAGUAGCUUCCAAUGGCAUCCAGUCUCAAACCCUCACCCGAUGGUCCUCAUCUUUCACAGUGUCCAAAGGUAAAAGCGAAGCUCUGGAAGCCACCGGACGGGCAGUGUCCACAGCACGUCCACCUGCAGGUAAACGACAAAAGAAGACACCUGACAAAAAGGCUGGAAACAAAGAUUGUAAGGCAGACAUUGCUUUUCUGAUUGAUGGAAGCUUUAAUAUUGGACAGCGCAGAUUUAACCUACAGAAGAACUUUGUCGGAAAAGUGGCCUUGAUGUUGGGGAUUGGAACAGAAGGACCACACGUGGGACUUGUUCAAGCCAGUGAACAUCCCAAAAUUGAAUUUUUUCUGAAGAACUUUACCUCAGCCAAAGAUGUUUUGUUUGCCAUAAAGGAAGUGGGUUUCAGAGGGGGCAAUUCCAAUACAGGAAAAGCCUUAAAGCACACAGCCCAGAAAUUUUUCUCAGCAGACAGUGGAGUGAGAAAAGGCAUCCCAAAGGUGGUGGUGGUCUUUAUUGAUGGCUGGCCCUCUGAUGACAUAGAGGAAGCUGGCAUUGUGGCCAGAGAAUUUGGUGUUAACGUAUUCAUUGUGUCUGUGGCCAAACCCAUACCUGAAGAACUGGGGAUGGUUCAGGAUGUUGGCUUUGUUGACAAGGCUGUCUGUCGGAAUAACGGUUUCUUCUCUUACCACAUUCCAAGCUGGUUUGGCACCACCAAGUAUGUGAAGCCACUAGUCCAGAAACUCUGUGCCCACGAGCAGAUGUUGUGUAGCAAGACCUGCUACAACUCCGUUAACAUCGCUUUCCUAAUUGACGGCUCCAGUAGCGUAGGAGACAGUAACUUCCGCCUCAUGCUUGAAUUUGUCUCCAACAUAGCCAAGACCUUUGAGAUCUCUGACAUCGGUGCCAAGAUUGCUGCGGUACAGUUCACCUACGAUCAGCGCACAGAGUUCGGUUUCACUGACUAUACCACCAAGGAGAACGUCCUGGCUGUCAUUCGGAACAUCCGCUACAUGAGUGGUGGGACAGCCACUGGGGAUGCCAUUUCUUUCACUGUGAGAAAUGUAUUUGGCCCCAUGAGGGAUGGACCCAACAAAAACUUCCUUAUAAUUGUAACUGAUGGGCAAUCCUAUGAUGAUGUCCAAGCUCCUGCAGCUGCUGCUCAUAAAGCAGGUAUCACCAUCUACUCUGUUGGUGUGGCUUGGGCACCUUUGGAUGAUCUGAAAGACAUGGCCUCUGAACCAAAGGAGACUCACACUUUCUUCACAAGAGAGUUCUCAGGAUUAGAACAGAUAGCUACUGACAUAAUUAGAGGCAUUUGUAGAGAUUUCUUGGAAUCACAACAGUAAAGGUGACAUUUUCACAGCGGAAGAAAAUGCUCUAAAGGUCUCUAAAGCUUAUGCUGAUGUUUUAAUAGAUAAAGUGCUUGGAUCUAAUACAAAAACAUUAUUCUAAAGAUGUUAGUACUUCUCAAACAAUCUCCAACAGCUUAAUUGAACAUAUACACUAUGUAUUUUACAUUCAUGGCUUUAUGACAGGCAUUAAGAUUCAAGACGGUAUUUGGAAGUACCACAUUUCUUAUUUGCAAAAAUACUCUUACAAUCUUGGUUAGGGAAGAUUGGUUAUUGUUAAUGUCAACUGACAUCUUUGUAAGCUUAACAGAAAUUAUCACAAAUAAAAAGUAACAGCAAAUUGGUUUGAAAGCAGAGAGACCUCCAAAAAGAAAGAAAAAAAUGAACAUUGAUAAAUAUGAGAAAUAAAAAGACCACAUUGGAACCUAUCUAAUUAUAGAAGUGGCUCUUAAGUUUCUCAGAGCUUGCCAAAAUGACUAACGUCAUUGUCAUAAUAGAUAACAUAGUAUUUUGAUCCAAUCAUGUUCUGCUCAUUUGUAGAUGUUUCUUUAACAUUACGCACUCAAGAAGGAUCUCUUGGUAUUUUAUUCAUUUUUGUAUUGUUCAUUGGCUGUAAAACUAAG